AUGUCGUUCCAGGACCGUGUGCAGCACCAGAUCGCCCAGAUCGAUAAGGAACUCUCCAGAUACCCAGUGCUCAAUAAUCUCGAGCGACAGACCUCAGUGCCCAAGGUAUACGCCUUCCUCGGCGUCGCAGGCAUCUACGUCUUCCUUGUCUUCUUCAAUAUCGCGGGAGCUUUCCUCGUCAACCUCGCGGGCUUCGCCAUCCCAGGCUACUACUCCCUCAAUGCCCUCUUUACCUCCUCGACGGCAGAUGACACUCAGUGGCUGACAUACUGGGUUGUCUUUGCACUGUUCAGUGUUAUUGAGAGUGCUAUCAGUGCUUCAUACUGGUUCCCAUUCUACUACCUAUUCAAGUUCUUCCUCGUUCUCUGGAUGGCACUCCCACAGACCAGUGGAGCUCAGAUUGUCUUCCACUCCUUCAUCCAGCCUGUCUUUGCCCGCUACUUCCAGAGCCCCUCUACCUCCUCCAACCUGAGAGCCCAAGCUGAGCAGGCCGCCAAGGAGCACUCCUCUUGA